UACAGCGAACCAUAGCAGAACCCUCCGCGGUCACACUUGGAACCAUGGCAGAAUCCUCCGCCGCUGCUCCUCCGCCACCACCGGUGACCAAAAGCUGGGCUGACGAAGCCGACGAAGAAAGCAGCGCCGCCGCUACCACCGAGCCUGAAGCCUCCUCCUCCGUCAACGUCGACGCAUUAACCAUCGACGACAACAAGAAGAAUCAGCCGAAGCUGUUGGACGACCCCGACGACUCCAACAUCCAAGCGGUUACCUCCGGAGACACGCCGUACACGUCGGCGGCGACGUUCGAGGACCUUAACCUGUCGCCGGAGCUUCUGAAGGGGCUCUACGUGGAGAUGAAGUUCCAGAAGCCGAGUAAGAUCCAGGCGAUAAGUUUGCCGAUGAUCCUGAGUCCGCCGCACCGGGACCUGAUCGCGCAGGCGCACAACGGCUCCGGCAAGACCACGUGUUUUGUUCUUGGGAUGCUGAGUCGUGUGGAUCCGAAGGUGCAGGCUCCUCAGGCUCUCUGCAUCUGCCCCACGAGGGAGCUUGCCAUUCAGAACACUGAGGUGCUCCGCAAGAUGGGCAAGUACACCGGGAUUGCCUCUGAGUGUGCUGUGCCCAUGGAUAGCCGUGAUGCCUUGCCCAUCGCCAAAAGGGCGCCGAUUAUGGCGCAGGUCGUGAUUGGGACUCCCGGGACCAUUAAGAAGUGGAUGAGCUUUAAGAAACUUGGGGCCACCAGGUUGAAGAUUCUUGUUUUCGACGAGGCUGAUCAAAUGCUUGCUGAGGAUGGAUUUAAAGAUGAUUCCCUGAGGAUAAUGAAAGAAAUUGAAAGGGUCAAUUCUAACUGUCAGGUUCUUUUGUUUUCUGCUACAUUUAAUGACACGGUCAAGAAUUUUGUUUCAAGAACAGUCAAGAAGGAUCACAAUCAACUAUUUGUAAAGAAAGAGGAACUAUCUUUAGAUGCAGUGAAGCAAUAUAAAGUGCAUUGUCCUGAUGAACUUGCUAAGAUUGAAAUUAUAAAAGAUUACAUAUUUGAAAUAGGAGAGAAUGUGGGGCAAACCAUCAUAUUUGUGCGCACAAGAAAUAGUGCAAAAAUGUUGCAUAAUGCUCUUGUUGAUUUUGGCUAUGAGGUUACAUCUAUACAAGGUGCUCUUGAUCAUGAACAGAGAGACAAAAUUGUCAAGGAGUUCAGAGAUGGUUUGACUCAAGUUCUUAUAUCAACAGAUGUUCUUGCUCGUGGUUUUGAUCAGCAACAGGUUAAUUUGGUCAUCAAUUAUGAUCUUCCAGUGAAACACACUGCUGAGUAUAGCCGUGAACCUGAGCCGGAUUGUGAAGUCUAUUUGCACAGGGUUGGCAGAGCUGGGCGUUUUGGGAGGAAGGGGGCUGUAUUUAACCUGAUAUGUGAUGAAAGGGAUGCGAGGCUCAUGUCAAAGAUUGAGAACCAUUUUGGCACUCAUGUUGCUGAGGUGCGAGCACAAAGUGUUGAAGAAUAUAAAGCUGCUCUCAAGGAAGCCGGUUUACUGCAAUGAUGUGAAUCUUCAGAAGUUGAAGGAUGUUGAUAACUUGUGUGUUUCUCUUGAAUGUGCCUGUGUAUACUGGCUAACGAUUUUGGCCAUAUCUAUGAAUGAUUUACGGACACACAUGCGGAUCAUGGUUUAAGUUUUGGGGAUGGGGAGUUCUUGUUCAGUCUGUGCUUUUAAUGCUGCUGCCGUGGUUGUUUUCCUCCUUAUAUUUAGCUGUGUGUAACUUAGGAUUUUUCUUCAGCAUUUUUUGUUGAGACUAAAAAUAUCAGUAUCAUUUACAUAUAAACAGGUGGAUGCAUAAAUGAGAUGUGUAAGCUUACUUAGAUAUCAACGUGUCACAGCAUAAAAGAUGUUAUUAUGAUGUACAAUUAAUAUUAUAAAAAUAUUCGACCUCUUUCUGUCA